AAGCGAAGAAGACGAUGGCUACGACGUCGUUCCAUCGUUACGCCGUCGUAUCGCUUCUCAUGAUCUUCUUCAUACAACCUUCGAUCUCCAUUUACUGCGACGAAGAUGAUUGCUACGAUCUACUAGGGGUUUCUCAAAAUGCAAAUGCAUCUGAAAUCAAGAAAGCUUACUAUAAGCUCUCAUUGAAACAUCAUCCGGACAAAAACCCAGAUCCCGAAUCGAAAAAAUUGUUUGUAAAAAUUGCAAAUGCUUACGAGAUCUUAAAAGAUGAAGCUACAAGAGGGCAAUAUGAUUAUGCAAUUGAGCACCCAGAGGAGGUGUUUUAUAAUACAGCUCGAUAUUAUCAUGCUUAUUAUGGUCACAAAACGGAUCCUCGUGCUGUUUUAUGGACAAGGUAUCAUCAGGCUAUUGACAUGGUGAAAAGAACACCAGCAUACAAAAAUAAGUUGAAGGCAUUGGAACUUGAACGAACUGGAGCAUUGUCAAGCAAAAAGAAGGGUGGUUACAAGCUUGACAAGAAAACACAGGAAGAGCUUAGCAAGGAACUUGAACUACAAAUAAAAGGUGCUGAAAAGCCAUCAAUGUGGGGACUUCUUGCUGUUCGUUUUAUACUUUUGCCAUACACCCUUGGAAAGUUAGUUUUAUGGCAUGGAUCUUGGUAUUGGAGAUACAAAAUAAACCGAACUUCAUAUUCUUGGGAAGAUGCAUCUUACUUGACUAGAAGAGCUCUUGGGGCACCUCCUGAUUCAUGGGAGUAUCUUGAGAAAGUCCCAAACUUUUGGGAAAAGUUUCAAUAA